CCAAUCGGGGAUGAGCUUUUAUUAGGCGGCCAGAUCAUCAAGCCGAAGUGCCAAACCCUUUUUCUGUGAGAACUAGGAGCCUGUCCUCCAUGUUUUAUAAGUAUUGACAUUACACAGUGUUAACAAUGCAUCCACAGAGCUUGGCUGAAGAGGAAAUAAAAACAGAACAGGAGGUGGGAGAGGGCAUGGAUAUCUCUACUCGCUCCAAAGAUCCUGGCUCCACAGAGAGAACAGCCCAGAAAAGAAAGUUCCCCAGCCCUCCGCAUUCUUCCAAUGGCCACUCGCCACAGGACACAUCAACAAGCCCCAUUAAAAAGAAAAAGAAACCCGGCUUACUGAACAAUAACAAUAAGGAGCAGUCAGAACUAAGACAUGGUCCGUUUUACUAUAUGAAGCAGCCACUCACCACAGACCCUGUUGAUGUUGUACCGCAGGAUGGACGGAAUGAUUUCUACUGCUGGGUUUGUCACCGGGAAGGCCAAGUCCUUUGCUGUGAGCUCUGUCCCCGGGUUUAUCACGCUAAGUGUCUGAGACUGACAUCGGAACGAGGGGACUGGUUUUGUCCUGAAUGUGAGAAGAUUACAGUAGCAGAAUGCAUCGAGACUCAGAGUAAAGCCAUGACAAUGCUCACCAUUGAACAGCUCUCCUACCUGCUCAAAUUUGCCAUUCAGAAAAUGAAACAGCCAGGGACGGAUGCAUUCCAGAAGCCUGUUCCAUUGGAACAGCAUCCCGACUACGCGGAAUACAUCUUCCAUCCUAUGGAUCUUUGUACAUUGGAAAAGAAUGCUAAAAAGAAAAUGUAUGGCUGUACAGAAGCUUUCCUGGCCGACGCAAAGUGGAUUUUGCACAACUGCAUCAUUUAUAAUGGAGGAAAUCACAAAUUGACCCAGAUAGCGAAAGUAGUCAUCAAAAUCUGUGAGCAUGAGAUGAAUGAAAUUGAAGUAUGUCCAGAGUGUUACCUAGCUGCUUGCCAGAAACGAGAUAACUGGUUCUGUGAGCCUUGUAGCAAUCCACAUCCUUUGGUCUGGGCAAAACUGAAGGGGUUUCCGUUCUGGCCUGCAAAAGCUCUGAGGGAUAAAGAUGGACAGGUCGAUGCUCGUUUCUUUGGACAACAUGACAGGGCCUGGGUUCCAAUAAAUAAUUGCUACCUCAUGUCCAAAGAAAUUCCUUUUUCUGUGAAAAAGACGAAAAGCAUCUUCAACAGUGCAAUGCAGGAGAUGGAGGUGUAUGUGGAGAACAUCCGCAGGAAGUUCGGGGUUUUUAACUACUCUCCCUUCAGGACACCGUACACGCCCAACAGCCAGUACCAAAUGCUGCUCGAUCCCAGCAAUCCCAGCGCGGGUGCUGCCAAGAUAGACAAGCAGGAGAAGGUCAAGCUCAACUUCGACAUGACGGCGUCCCCCAAGAUCUUGAUGAGCAAGCCCAUGCUGAGCGGGGGCACGGGCCGUCGGAUCUCCUUGUCCGAUAUACCACGCUCCCCCAUGAGCACAAACUCUUCCGUGCACACGGGCUCCGACGUGGAGCAGGACGCCGAGAAGAAGGCCACGUCGAGCCACUUCAGCGCGAGUGAGGAGUCCAUGGACUUCCUGGACAAGAGCACAGCUUCACCAGCCUCUGCCAAGACGGGACAAGCAGGGAGUUUGUCCGGCAGCCCGAAAACCUUCUCUCCUCAAGCGUCCACGCCCAUCACGACGAAAACGGACAAAACGUCUACCACUGGAAGCAUCCUGAAUCUUAACUUGGAUCGAAGCAAGGCCGAGAUGGACCUAAAGGAGCUGAGCGAGUCGGUCCAGCAGCAGACCGCGCCCGUCCCCCUCCUCUCGCCCAAGCGGCAGAUCCGCAGCAGAUUCCAGCUAAAUCUCGACAAGACCAUAGAGAGCUGCAAAGCACAAUUAGGCAUAAACGAAAUCUCAGAAGAUGUUUACACGGCUGUGGAGCACAGCGAUUCGGAAGAUUCAGAGAAGUCCGAUAGUAGUGAUAGUGAGUAUAUCAGUGAUGAGGAACAGAAGUCCAAGAAUGAGCCAGAGGACGCAGAAGACAAAGAGGGUAGUCGGGUGGACAAAGAGCCAUCGGCUGUCAAAAAAAAACCCAAACUGGCAAACCCAGUGGAGACUAAGGAGGAGCUGAAAAGCACAUCACCGGCCAGCGAGAAAGCAGAUCCCGGCUCGGCCAAGGAAAAGGCAAGCCCCCAGCCUGAGAAGGACUUCUCCGAAAAAGCAAAAGCCUCCCCUCACCCUGCAAAGGAUAAACUCAAGGGGAAAGAUGAGACAGAUUCCCCAACAGUACAUUUGGGCCUGGACUCCGAUUCAGAAAGUGAACUUGUCAUAGAUUUAGGAGAAGACCAUACUGGGCGGGAGGGUCGAAAAAAUAAGAAGGAACCCAAAGAAACAUCUCCCAAGCAGGAUGUCGUAGGUAAAGCUCCACCAUCCACCACGGCGGGCGGCCAGUCCCCACCCGAAACUCCGCUCCUCACCCGCUCCUCCUCCCAAACUCCCACGGCUGGUGUCACGGCCACCACCAGCACCACGUCCACCGUCACGGCCCCGGCCGCCGCCGCCACGGGAAGCCCGGUGAAAAAGCAGAGGCCGCUUUUACCGAAGGAGACUGCCCCGGCCGUGCAGCGGGUCGUGUGGAACUCGUCAAGUAAGUUUCAAACGUCUUCCCAAAAGUGGCACAUGCAGAAGAUACAGCGCCAACAGGACAGCCAACAGGAGAGCCAGCAGCAGCCACAGUGCUCCCAGGGGACGAGAUAUCAGACCAGACAGGCUGUGAAAGCUGUGCAGCAGAAGGAGAUCACCCAGAGCCCAUCCACCUCCACCAUCACCCUGGUGACCAGCACCCAGUCGUCGCCUCUGGUCACCAGCUCGGGGGCCACGAGCACCCUCGCGUCCUCAGUCAGCGCAGACCUGCCCAUCGCCACUGCCUCCGCUGAUGUCGCUGCGGACAUUGCCAAGUACACUAGCAAAAUGAUGGAUGCAAUAAAAGGAACGAUGACAGAAAUCUACAACGAUCUUUCUAAAAACACUACUGGGAGCACAAUAGCCGAGAUUCGCAGGCUGAGGAUCGAGAUCGAGAAGCUGCAGUGGCUGCACCAACAGGAGCUCUCGGAAAUGAAGCACAACUUGGAGCUGACCAUGGCGGAGAUGCGGCAGAGCCUGGAGCAGGAGCGGGACCGGCUCAUCGCCGAGGUGAAGAAGCAGCUGGAGCUGGAGAAGCAGCAGGCGGUGGACGAGACCAAGAAGAAGCAGUGGUGCGCCAACUGCAAGAAGGAGGCCAUCUUCUACUGCUGUUGGAACACCAGCUACUGCGACUACCCCUGCCAGCAGGCCCACUGGCCCGAGCACAUGAAGUCCUGUACGCAGUCAGCUACUGCUCCUCAGCAGGAAGCGGACGCCGAGGUAAACACAGAAACACUAAACAAGACUUCUGGCACACAGGCGGCCCCUACGGAUGCCGCCAGCACCUCGAAAGACAAGGAGCCUUCCACGGAGAAAAGCAAGGACAGCGGCUCGACCCUCGACCUUUCUGGCUCCAGGGAGACGCCCUCCUCCAUUCUCUUAGGCUCCAACCAAGGCUCUGACCAUCCCCGGGGCAGUAAGUCCAGUUGCUGGGGCAGCAGCGACGAGAAGCGAGGAUCCACACGCUCCGAGCACAACGCCAGUGCCAGCUCGAAGGGCCUCCUCCCGAAAGAGUCUCGGCUGGACACCUUCUGGGACUAGGGACAAGUCGCGACACAAGCCACCCACCCCGUGGAGGAAAAAGAAACCAGACACCAGGGCAACGGGAAGCGGCAAGGAAACCUGAGACAGGAGAGCCUCCUUCAGACUUGAGAAUUCCAGACACCCCGACUUGGCCUUGGCCCUCGACACGGAGGGCAGCCCACACUACAGUGCGUCCGGCAUCAGCAGUGACUGAGGACUGUUUGACCCACACGAAAUCUAUGCUUUAGAUGUAAAUAAUGUACAAUUUGUGGAUGUCAUUGAACCUAGAGGACCUUCCCCUUUUUAUAUUUGUAUUGACUUUAACUUAUAAAAAAAAAAAAAAAAAAGAAGAAAGAAAAAGAAAAACGAUUAAAAAAACAAGAAACACCCAACCACAAAAGGAAUGUUUUGACGUUGGAGGGGGAGGGAUGGUUGGUCAGCCCGGCUGUCCCUGUGGCAUGGUGACUAGGCCCCAGGAUCGCUGUGGCACACAGGCCCUCGUCCUUGGACGCCCCGGGGGAAAGUGAGCCGUUUUCAUUCAUACGUCUGUAUGCAGCACAUUGGAAUCAGGAGUUUUCGGCACAGAAUCUGUGCCGUCGUGGGCACAUCACGUCAAGCCAUUGGCCCCUUUCCGAUACUACGUUACUGUGUUAUAAAAUGCAAGCUCUCUGGCCCCGAAGGACAGGGAGAAGCUAGUUUAUUUUGUGUGAUUUCGGCAAUGACUACUCGAAAAGGGAAGAAAUCAGGUCCUUGUUUACAGAAGAUACACAGAAGAAGCAAGCCCCGCUCAGCUCGGCCGAAGAGAGCAGAGAAAGUGUUAGGCGUCCUAAGCUCUGGAACAAAGAGGAGUCUUUUCUUUGCUUUGUGGUUCCUUUUACACACACUCACACAUACUUGGUAAGAGAUGCUGUGCCUCUCGGAAGUGAGAAACUCAAAGGCAGGAUGCACGCAGAGGACAUGGGAGUCCGGGAUGAAGCAUGUAUGUAUUAUUUAUACGAUGGGAUUUUACGUUUUUAUGGAAGCAUGAAACAAAGGCAGUGGGAGAGAAUGCCAGACACCGGCCACGCUCCCUGUCACACUACGUAUACGGUAGUACCAUUUUGUAUGUUGUGUCGAACAAAACGCAUUGAACAAAGCAAAAAGGUGAUGUAUGUAUAUGAGAAAAUUAACUGUACGGUAUCAUUCCAGUACAUUCUGUUGUAUAUUUUAGUCCUGUUUACUUUCUCUUCAUUGUUGAUAAGAGGAUGUGAAUUGUACAGUUUCCAGCUAGUUCCCCAUACAUAUUAGAGAAGAACUAAAAAGAGAGUAUAGAAGAAGAAGAGAGAAAGAACAUUUGUGAAUUGCAGGUGUCAAAAAAAAAAAAUAGCCUAGCUGGCCUUAUUUGCGAAGCCUAAUUGCUUUUAGCAUAUGGAAGUAUUUUUUCACAUUUUCUUUGUAUAAAAUUUGUAUUAAACUUAAAUAUCUUUUUCGAUGACGGCGUUUCUUUGUGACUGAGCCAGUGCACUCCCACGGUGUGCUUUUUUGGGUUCCACCCCUCCCCCGGUUUUUUCAGAUUCUUCACCUUUUUUUAAUUAAACUGUUUUGGAAAAAUG